UUGCUAACCUUUCCUGCCAACACAUUUCCCCCAUUACUCGAAUAUGUGCACCUCUCUCGAAUCGUCUAGCCAGCAGAAUGGGAUCGCUUGCACAGGAGAAUCAGAUCAUUGUCACGGAAGCAACGCAACAGAAGGCACACCAAUACUUUCAAACGGUCUCCCUUGGAACCCGAGCUGUAAAAGGGAAAGGGGUGGUCCCAAUCUACUCCAUUGGCGACGCCAUUGACACCGAGGAAGCUGAUGGCCUGUAUCGAAAAUGGGUGGAUGAGCCGAGCCCUUUGAGUUUCGGAGUACGAGCGAAUCCAACCACCGUGGGGCCAACAUUUGCACAAACCGCAAUGUCGACUUAUGGUCCGGACGGACUUCCGGAAAAGACGGCUGUUACCCGCCGAAAAUCGCAGUUCCGAGCCGCGGAGCCACCGACAGCGCGGCUAAUGGAGAGUGCCGUAGGGAACUCUAUAACGCAUUUGGAUCGUGUGCGGAGCAUCCCUGCAAUCUCCGGAAAGCACAUCGACCAAUACGUGAGCGCCACAGCGCUCAAUACGCUCGGUAUCGGGGAGCAAAAAGCUGGUGUAGGCAUGGGUGUCAACCUUCUCAAAUACCUGAGCGGUUCGGCUGCCGUACCGUUAUCGGGUCUUGGAGCGAUGGACACACAAAUGCCCGCCAAGCGGGCCAUUGAUGUUGCAGCUAUGGGAAGCCCACUCACGAUACAGAACACCGUAAAGGCAGGCGUGACGCACGUCGAUAGGGAGUUCAUCUCCUAUGGCGGGGUGCCGGCCACAUCUUCUGCCGCCCAGGGGGGAGCGUCUGCGAUCAACAUAGGUGACCCCAAAACAUGGGCGCAACCUGGGGAUAGCGGUAAUAGCGCCGCAGCACUGCAACGGCACCAGCGAGGGGAUGGAUCAAUGAAAGAUCCAGAUGCCAAAGAAGUUCUGUUAGAUGUGGUCAAACGAAUGGGUUUACAAAUUGACAUCGACGCCGCCGCCGGAACGAGUUAUUUGAAGGUGCUGACUGCGGAGAUCGAGCCGUUCUGGGUGCGUUUUCGCCAUGCGGUCAUCGAAAGGAGGUAUCGAGGUGACUUCACCGCGGCAACAAAUGGAGCGUUCACAAAAGCCGGCGCAAUUGCGCUGCUCGGAGAAAUACUGUUCUACUUCCUCGGAAUAUACCAUGUCGUUGCCAGAGGGGGCGAUCUGUUGGAUGACAAAGACGCAUACUAUUUACUUUUAGGCUGUGGAAUGGCGAGCGUUGGACUUCAGCUUCUUGUUACCGGAGUAAGCCUGUUCGCCGCAUCGGACGAUAGCCCACCAUCGCGAGCAUACGGGCCGCGCCGCAUACUGUUCGUAAUCGCUGUAACGACAUUCUUUCUCACAUGUCUGUGCGUCACAUUACCAUGGACGCAGCUGUACCGAUACCCCUUCCUUUGCGGCUGCGUUAUUCCCCAGCUUGCAAUCUUCUUCUGUAUGCGCAUCGAAGGAGUGGUAUACACCUCGAGACUCUUCGCCGCUGUUAUUGGUGGAUCAACUCUUGUGAUCGUCCAGCUUGUGCUGAACGACGCACAAUGGCAGGAAUCCUUGUGUGUAUUACUCAGCUCGAGCAUCUGGAUAGUAGUUUUCUACUUGCUGGAAAAACGAGCUCGCCUGGAUUAUCUACUCGAUCUCAUUCUGGAAACCCAAUCGGAGAUUGUGCUCCAAGAAAUCGAUAAAAGCGCUGGAGUUCUGCACAGCAUCUUACCGCAGGCUGUUAUCAUGAAGCUUCUGGAGGAUCCAACCACCAUCGCAUAUGAGGAGCUAGAACUUGUCACCGUCUUACAUAUGGACAUUGCGGGGUUUACCUCAAUGUCGAGCAAUUUGGAGCCGCUUACCAUCGUGAAAGUGCUGAACACACUAUUCACAUUCUUUGACCAUUUAACUGAGGAAUACCAAGUCGAAAAGAUCACAACUAUCGGUGAUGCAUACGUCGCAUGCUCAACUCUGACAAACAGCGCAGAUCCCAAGAUAGGAGCGCUGUCGAUCUGUUUGGUUGCGCUCCAAAUGCAAGCAUAUCUGGACAAUCAGCUUAACCAGAGCCAGAUAGUAUUGCAGCUGAUCAAACAGCCACUGAAGAUGAGGAUCGGAAUACAUACAGGUCCGGCGCAUGGGGCUAUUAUGGGUGGCCCUAAAAACUUUCGCUACGAUGUCAUGGGAGAUACAGUGAUACUGGCGGAGAAGACACAAGAGCGAUGUCCAGUGGGAGAAGUGAGCAUCACCAACGUGACGUACACGUGCGUGAAGGAUUAUCAUGGAUUCCGCUUUAUACCCCAAAAGCAAAUGAGUCUGCCACCAUCGCUGCGAAGUUAUGUGCUCCAGGCGGCUGAUGAGCGUAUCGUCAGCGGCGCAAACGAUUUCGAUUACGAGCAGCCAAAUGCCGGUACCAGCGGUGGGCUUACGAGCGGAGGUGGGGCGUCAUCCGGGACAUCCAGUGCCGUAAACGGGUACACCUCUCGGAGCAGGUCAGCCACGACGACGCGGCGUCAUGGCCUUGCCACCACAGCUGCGAAUCAACGGCUCUCUGCGACGGAACGACCGAAAACUGGCAUUGGCAGUGAUGAAGCGCGGAUCGGUAAUGGUAUCGGCGAUAGUGUCGUCAACUCGAAGCAAACGGACGCACCAAUAAGUGGCCACAAGUUGCUCGGUACAAAUAAUACAGGCAAACGUGGCGGUGCCACUCUUGCCAAAAUCUAUCCGACAUUUGAGCAGGGCGAGGAUGAAAAUUAAAAACCCCAAUUCCCAAACACGCAAGUGUUCAUGCGCUUAUAAUAGCAUGGCCUCAACGAAGACCAUAUUGUACAUAUCCAGCGAUUCGCCCAAGUUCCGGCAUCUUGCCUGAAAUUGUAUAUACCAUCUUCUUCCUGAGGCAUACCAUACCAUAUGACCCGCGCUGUAUAUUGGGUAAUAGAUGUCGCUUAGGUGUUCCUCCUAUCCAG